AUGUUACGUACAGGAAUUACAUCAUUGCUGCAAAAUGAACCUUGCGUAUUUAAGUCCAUUUUAUCGUCAAGCUUUAAUACGUCUCAAAUUUUUAACCGAAAAUGCAAGCGGGAAAGGAAAAAGUGCGAACGCCGAUCUAUACCUGUAGCUAUCGUAUUAUGUGGCUGUGGAGUUUACGAUGGUACCGAAAUUUCAGAAGCUAUUUCCUCCACGAUACAUAUUUGCCAGAAGGGUAUGACACCACGUUUCUAUGCCCCGGAUGUAGAAAUUUCUGAAAUUGUCAAUCACUAUACCAAGGAAGUAGACUCGGAUAGCCGACCCAGAAAUGGUUUAAUUGAAGCUGCCAGACUGGCUAGAUCUUGUAUACAACCAUUGUGCGAAUGUGAGGCAUGUAUGCACAAAGCACUCGUACUUCCAGGAGGUUUUGGUGUUACCAAAACUCUGAGUAAUUUUGCUGAAAAGGGCUCGGAAUGUACUGUUCUUCCGGAUUUGGAGAAACUCAUCGAAGAUUUUUAUUGCGCAAAGAAACCAAUUGCAACAAUGUGUAUUGCAGGUAUCCUAGUUGCAAGAGUGUUAAAAGGAUGUAAAAUAACACUGGGACGGGAGAAACCUGCAUCGGAUUGGCCAUAUGCGGAUGCUAUUAAGAAAGCCCGGGAUAUGGGAGCCAAAGUUGAAUUAAAAUGCGUGAAAGGAGUAACUCGAUGCAAAACUUACAAUGUUCUAAGCACGCCAGCUUGGAUGAAUCAUACUGCAUCUUAUGCAGAUGUACAUGCCGGCAUAGGAAAAUUAAUCACAAUGUUGAAAAAAGGCAUUCAAACAUGACUUAUGUUAUUUGGACAUAAAAAAAAUGACAUGCAUUGCCUCUGAAUAUG